AUGAGCAACCAGUCCCUAGUUGUGACUAGCCGGAAUACCCUGCUGCCCGGUUCAGAUCAGCCGCAACCAGCAACGAUCACGGUGAACAUCGACACAGGUAAGAUCACAGACAUCCAAACAGUGUAUGCAGAACGAAGUCCGGGUGGAGAGACGACAUUCAUUGAUGCAGGCGAAAAGUUUGUUCUUCCUGGAUUAGUCGAUGCCCACGUUCAUCUAAAUGAGCCUGGUCGAACGGACUGGGAGGGCUUUUGGACUGGUACGCGAGCAGCUGUGGCAGGAGGAAUCACCACGGUCGUGGAUAUGCCUUUAAACUCUAUACCGCCCACGACCACUUUACGGAACCUUGAGAUCAAGCGACAAACUGCACAAGGCCAGUGCUGGGCCGACGUUGGUUUUUGGGGUGGAGUUAUUCCAGGGAACCAGGCAAGCUGCGCAUCAGCUCAUCCUGGUAAUAAGGCGGACCUGAAACCAUUGGUGGCUGCUGGAGUCAAAGGAUUCAAGUGCUUUUUGAUUGAAAGCGGUGUCGAGGAAUUCCCUUCUGUCUCAGAGCAUGAUCUUCAUGCACACAUGAAAGAGCUCCAGGAUCAAUCGACUGUCCUAUUGUUCCACGCAGAGCUUGAGGACGACUCCUGCUCAGUGCAAAAUCAUGAGGAGCACGAUCCAACAGCAUAUCAAACCUUCCUCUCCUCUCGCCCUCAAGAGCUUGAGGUCAACGCUAUCUCUCUUAUUACCGUCUUGCAAGAGAAAUACAACUCCCUUCGUUGCCACAUCGUCCACCUAUCUGCGUCUACCGCUCUUCCCAUUAUUCGUGCUGCGCGUUCUCGUGGGUUGAAUCUGACGGUGGAAACAUGCUUCCAUUAUCUGUGCCUCUCAGCGGACGACAUACCACAUGGCCGACCUGAAUUUAAGUGCUGCCCACCUAUUCGUUCCGAAUCAAACAGAGAUGCACUGUGGGAUGCAUUGAUAGACGGUACCAUUGACUGUGUGGUAUCCGAUCACAGUCCAUGUGUAGCAGAGUUGAAGAAGUUCGAGGAGGGUAAUAUCAUGACCGCCUGGGGAGGCAUAAACAGUCUCGGCUUUGGCCUUAGCCUUCUAUGGACAGAAGGCCAAAAGAGGGGCAUUACCCUCGGUCAGAUUAUUCGCUGGACAAGCGAAGAAACCGCGAAACAUGCCGGGCUUUCGUCAUCCAAAGGGCGGUUAUCAGUAGGGCAUGAUGGCGACCUCGUUAUCUGGGACCCUGCAGCUGAGUUCAAGGUGUCAAAGGAACACUUCCACUUCAAGAACAAAUUCUCCGCAUACGAAGGGAUGGUGCUAAAUGGAGUUGUGCAACAAACAGUUUUGCGUGGCCGCGUAAUUUACGAUAGGACGCAGAGCGGCUUUGAUGGCUUUACUCCCAUCGGCAAGCUCUUGUGA